CCACCGGCAGAAUUUGUGGGAAGAUGCCUAAGCGGAAGUCUCAGCCCAAGAAAAAUGCAGCUGACUCACAAGUCCAGUUACUAUGGAAUAAAACAGUUGUUUACGGCCCAGAUCCUUUCAGAGGAGCUGGCACUUCACAGGCACGGAGGGAACAGCUUGUUAACAGUGACAUUAGUGAUACCGAUGACUCUUCUGGUGAAGAAGGCAGUAAUGAGCAUGAUAGUGACUCGGAAUUGUCUAUUGUCGAAGAGAGAGAAAGUAGGGCUCAGAGAUCCAGUCGAGAUAACAACUCGACUGAUUCAGACAUCGUGAUAAUUGAUGAAAUUAACUCUUCCAGUAACGCCGAACUUGAUGUGACAGUUAUUGAGGAUGAAUCAGGUCGAACUCCUCCACCAGGUCGAACUCCUCCAGAACUGAUUGUUAUAGACGACUAUCCAUCUCAUAAGAGAAGAAGAGUGAGUGAAAAGUCACGUUUCUCCAAGGGUCCCUUUUCAGUUCUGAAUGAGUAUGCAUCUGACUGUUCUUUUUAUUUAACAUUAAAAACUGAGCCACCCACAGAAGAAGCAUUCAUAGGUAGUGUUGUGAUUGAAGGAGUUACAUUUGAAAAAGUGGAGAAGGCUUCUUUCAUAAGACUGUAUAUAAGUGAAUUUCCUGGUAGAAGCUUUUUGUAUAUUAAAAAUAAGGUUUCAGAAGAUUAUUGCAUAAUAACUCAAAUUUUGGAUGUCACUCUUUUUUCAGGUCUGAGGAGCCGAGUAUUUCAUCUUGUAGCAGAGUGUGCUCCAGAACAUAAGCACAUGCUUGUACGUGUGUUCAUGAACACAAAUGCACCAUCUAGCUCCAAAGUAGAAUUACGCAAUAGAAAUUCUGUUCUUCAGUAUUUUUAUGCUGUUGAGCAUCCAGUGUACGAAGAUGUGGAAAGUGAAGCAAAUGAUCCACAAAUACUUUUCAACGCUAUUAAGAAAUAUCACCAGGCUGCAGGCUCUGUCACUAGUUCGGUCGAUGUUCAGCACCCGUCGUUAGUGCCACAACUUCGUUCUUAUCAACAGGAUGCCGUGAAAUGGAUGUUAGCUAGAGAAAACCAACAACCAGUAGAAGGUGACCUGCAUUGUUUGUACACAGAAAUUAAGAACUCGGUUGGAGAAGAAUUAUUUUAUAACAGAUUUAAUGGUGAAAUAAGAAAGGAAAAACCUUUGGCAGAUGUUCUUCCUACAGGGGGCAUACUGGCUGAUGAAAUGGGGUUAGGAAAGACAGUUGAAGUCCUCGCCUGUAUUCUUGCAAAUGUGCGGCCUUUGGAAGACGUAAAACUCGAAACUGAUUUCAAGGCUACAGUUGAACCGAUUGAAAACAGUGAAACCAUCAUAAGCACUAGUUCUGGUGGUCCCCAGUCUCCACAGCUAACUGUGGACUGUGUCCAAGAGACCGUCGAAAUUGUGACAGAAAAAACAGAAACUAUUGAAGUUCCCACAAAGAAUGAAAUUAAGUCUGAAGUGCCUACAGAUAGCACGUAUGAGCUCAGUGGAAAAGUGAAGCAAGAAUCAAGCUAUGAAAUGGAUGUAGAAGUAGAUAUUAAACUUCAAGCAGAAAUUUUCAGUAAGCAUGAGAGCAAAGUAAGGAAAAGGAAAGAAAACUCUAGAAAGUCUAAAGCACAGACUAAAAAAACAUACAGAGAUAAAAACACACAGAAUGAAUCACGUGACAGUGGUACAGUGGAAGACCACAUUUGGGAGACAAUUGAACAUGUUAUCUCAUUCUACUGUCAUGGCACUGACAGAAAACUUCGAAAACCUAGGCCAAAGAAUCUCUUAAGGUUAUCUCUGCAAAGACUCUAUGAACAGAAACUGGCAGAAAUGACUAGACGUCCACAGUUUGUGCCUCUGGCACGGCUUACUGUUCAGUGUGUAUGCGGUGCAGAAUCACCGAACAAGGCAAAGGUGUGCUGCUCACGUUGUGGACAGUGGCAGCAUAUGAAAUGCGUUGGUCUGUCUGCAAAGGAGAAGGGUCUCUACCAUUGUCCACAGUGCUGGCAGUUAAAGGAACCACUUAAAUCAGGAGCUACAUUGAUUGUAGCACCAGCCUCUAUUAGCUGCCAGUGGGUUGAAGAAGUUGGUAAACACAUCAGUGACAAAAGUUUCAGUGUUCUGGUUUACAGAGGAGUUACCAAGGGAUUUGUCCAGCCAUACAUUUUAGCCCGGAGUAAAGUUGUUUUGACAACAUAUGAAACUUUGAGGCGUGAACUUGUCUAUGUGGAAAUGAAUAAUGACUCAGCCAGAUUGCGGCAUGCCAAGCGGUUUUAUGCUCCGCCAUCUCCUCUCACAUGCAUCGAAUGGUGGAGAAUAUGUUUGGAUGAAGCCCAGAUGGUGGAAUCUCACUCGAGUAAGACUGCAGAAACAGCACGCCAUCUUUUGGCCGUUCAUCGAUGGGCAAUAACGGGAACCCCUAUACAGAAGUCAGUGCAAGACUUGUUUGGUCUUCUGCAGUUUUUGGAAGUUGAGCCAUUUACUGUUCUAUCAAAUUGGAUGUAUGCUUUGUACAAGCCAUAUUGUCUUGGUGACUAUGAACCACUUCAUAAACUGAUGUGUAAAAUAAUGUGGCGCACUAUGAAAUGGGAUGUAUUGACUCAGCUUGGUGUGCCAGAGCAGACAGAAAAGAUUCAUUGGCUACACUUCGCACCCAUUGAAGAGCAUUUCUAUAGAAUACAGCACAUUCUCUGUUCACAUCAGUUCCUGAAUAAAGUUCAUCAAUUUGCAGACAAAAACAUCAAGCUAAAAGACAUUGACAGGCACAGGUUGUUCAGGUUAUUAUCACCUCUUCUUUCACUUAGAAAAGCUUGUACACAUCACCUAGUUGUGAAAGAUUUUGCACCAGACAAGAAAACAAUGUCCCUGGAAGAAUUACAGACAGCACUAAUUAAAAAGACGAAGAAUGAAUGUGAAGAAUUUCUUCGUCAGUAUAUUGCUGCAUUAAAUGGCCUGGCUGCCAUAUUCAUAAUUUGCAAUACAUGGCUGAAAGCUGUGGAUGUCUAUGAGCGUGUUCUGAAGUUGAAUGAUGAAUUUAAGGGAAAGCUGAGUGUUGAUUCUCUUCAGAUGAUCCACACAUUACAUAACUUCGCAGAAAUUUUGGAACAGCAUCAGCAUGUUAGCUCUCUCAAUCUGACAUGUGAAGAUUUACGUGCUCAGUGCAAGACUGUUGAAGAGGAAUACAUAAGUAAAAGAGACUCUCAGGGUGAGGCAGCUUAUGAACAGCUUGAUUCACUGUCUAAAGACGUGGAGGAAUGUGCCAAGGAUUUAUCAAUGGCCAGGGGCGAAUGGUGGGAAGUUCUCAUACAAUACGUUAUUGUAGAAGGGCAUGAAGAUGAGUUUGUUAGUCGUGUGAGGAAUGAUCUUGUUGAUAAAAUGACCAAAUUUGAAGCAAAAUCAGUGCUGGAAAGGCUGAAGACAUUAAAAAGCAUUGAAUAUCAACUGUGCAGAUGGGAUGAAGAACUAAAUGAUCUUAGGAAGAAUUGUCUUAAGAGGCUAGAAUCACUGAAAGUAUCUCCAGUACCAAAACUGGUGAAUGAAAGUGUUGAAUGUCAUUUACGCAGUUAUUCAGCCAACAAGAAGAAGUGUUCUCUUUGUGUUUGUGAAAAUCUUAUAAAAACAUAUGAGACUAAAUUAUUUGCUGUCCAUACAAAAGAUGAAAGACACUCAUUGGUUGGACAAUGCCUUGUUCUUGGCAAGGCAGUACAAACUUCAUGGCAGUGGUCUCAAAUGGAGCAAGUAUUGAGAUCUAUACUGACACACAUUCGAGCAGACAGAUUUAAUGUUCCAGAGAAGAAGUCAUUGUUCAAAGAAGCAAACAAGCAUCUAAAACUGUUAGAUGCUAUGAAGAAAGAAUUCAGACAACUGAGAGUAGCAUGGAUGCGUUUAUUUGAUAUUGUCGCUGUGCAAGAUGAAACUAACAUGGCGAGGCUGCGGCUGAGAGUGCGUUAUCCUGCAGAGCCCCUACCAGCCCCUCAGAAGCGAAAUCUGGUCGGGCAGCUGAGCUCUAACAUUGUUAACAAAGUAGAAACAAUUCACAUCAUUGAAGAGUAUGAGGUGCAGUCACAUGCUGUCCGCCUAGAGGCAGAUCGUGCAAUAGCUUCAGCCGGGCUUCGAAAGAAAUUUGGAAUGCUUCAGUAUUUGGAAAAUCUUAACAAAGAUCCUGACCCAUGUCCUAUUUGCCACUGCAAGCUUGAGAAAAAGUGGAGUGUACUUCUCUGUGGCCAUUACUAUUGCAUGGACUGCAUACAAACGAUGUUGAAGAUCAGCGUAACCUCUGUCACGACAACAGUAAAAUGUGCCGUUUGCAGAGAAACAACACGGUGCAUUGAUAUUUCCUUUGUUAAUCUGGAAACUGAGGACAUAACUGGCUAUGAUGCAGAUGUCAAAAUUUUAGGCUCCCAUUCAAAGAAGGUAGAAGCAAUUGUAAAAACAAUGCUUAUCAUAAAGAAGGAAGACCCAGAAGCAAAGGCUCUCAUAUUCUCUGGGUGGGAGAAGCUACUGGAGAUAUUGAGAACAGCACUCGUCAUGAAUGGAAUAAGUGUCCGACAGUUACAAUCAGGAAACCGAUUUCAGCAGUGCCUAGCAGAUUUCAAGAACAAGGAUUUACGAGUGGAUGCACUCCUCCUCCCUGUCCGUUCCGGUGCCAAAGGUCUUAAUCUUACAGAGGCCACACACGUUUUAUUGGUGGAACCAAUUCUAAACCCUGCAGACGAGUUGCAAGCUAUUGGCCGCGUGCAUCGUAUCGGGCAAAAAAAGAAAACUACGGUUCAUCGGUUUUUGAUACGAGGAACUGUUGAAGAGAGGAUAUAUGAAGCUAUGCAUAGUGGUGCCAAAGACUGGAGUGAUGACAGUAUUACUUUGAAUCAUCUUAUGGGGCUUUUCACUGAUGCUGAAGGUGCUGCAGCUGCUACAUCUGCAGCUGCUCCAUCUGUUGUCACUUUAGAUGAUGGUAAUGAUAGUCAGUCAAACAUAGUUCAAAUGAACAAUAAUGCUCCUAACUCUGCCCAUGGAUUUUCACACGAAAGGUAUGAGCAUGAACGGGAGACUGAACAAGUAGCUUCUUCACUACGGGAUACACCGUCAACAAGUGCUUCGUCACAGUCGGCAGAAAUGUUUCAGGAUGUUGUUCAAGAACAUGUCACUGAUUUACAGUGUGCAGGUAGCAGUAACAAUAGUGUUGGUGUAAAUGUUGAUACUGGAACUAUGUUGGAUGUUGAUGAGAUAAACAGUUAUGAUCCUAUACCUGGCACCUCCCGUGACACAGGUCACCAUUUAGUGCAAAGUACAGUGGACAUUGUAAUGCCAGUUGGAAGUGUGCCAUCAACAAAUGACUCAUCAAUGGAAGAGGAAGGUAGUGCUUUGCAAGGUCUUGUUGAUGGCAUUUGAAGUGCAGCAAAAAGCACUUUGUUCCUUUAGUGAAUGAUUGUCGUGCAAUCUUUCUACAAUCAUUUUGUAACUUGCGGUUGUGUCUGAGAUAUGUGUUAGAGUGUAAGAAGCGAUUUGGAACUGAGUGUCAGGAAUUUCUUACAUUGCUACUUACUUUUGAUUAGUAACACAUGCAUUUUUAUGUAAUUUAUCAAUAACCUUUUGAACUCUGGCUCAAAAAUGUUGUGUGUAUGGGGAGGGAGGGGGCGGGGGUGUAUAGAGAGAGAGAGAGAGAGAGAGAGAGAGAGACUAUGUACAUGCACAAGCCAGUGUUAAUGUAGGUGGAAAGAUUAAUGUGAUAUUGUCAGAAUUUUAUUGACUGUCACCUCUCCAAAGCAAGAGAGAUUAAGUUGUGUAAAUCAUUGUAUUGUCCAAAACAAACUUAGGAAUUAUACCACAAAGCACAGGUAACAUUUUUGGAAAUGUUAUGUCUAACAUAUAAAAAUCUUCAAAUUUUUACCUUCACACUGUUAUCAAUUGCAGACCUUUCUAUUUAUUGCCUGUAUCAGUUAGAACAUGUUGAUCAGUUUGACAGGAAUUUAUCAGUGCUCCAUACAUUCUUGUCUGGAUUCUAUAAAGAACGUGAAAAUCUCUCUUUCUUGUAACAUUAUGGGAACAGCUCUUAAAAAGUUUUGAAAAAAAAAAUGAGAGAUGUGAUUCUGAUAACUGCCUUCAGAUCAUUCAUGUCUUUCAUGCAAAUGUGUUUGUUGCAGCUAGCAAAGAAUUAAUGUGAAAGUAAUCCUUCCUUCAUCCUCUCCAUCCUGUUACGUUACUGUACCCACUUCUUGUCUUCCUUUCACUCUCAAGUUCUCAGUAGAAUUUGGGCUUACUGAAAUUCAUGACUUAGCCCAACAUCAGUCUAUCUUAUGCAUGGCUGCAUAUGUUUAGUCAAUUUAAAAAUAAAACUGCAGUUGCCUUAAACACCAAUAACAUACGCCAGUUUGUGAACAAUCAGUGUCAGUAGAAAGAAACUACUGACUGCUUAGAUUGAUCCUCUUUCUUUCAGUUGCAUAUGCAGUGACAGCUCAAUACAUGUAACACACAUUGCAAAUGACAUAGGAAUGCCUUCAAACUUAAAGAAGAUAGAGUAGCUCACCAGUAUUUACCUCAGACGAUUCAUUAUCGGGAGGGUGGCACGAUGCGAGGACUGAUUGAAGAGUGAGUUCCCAUCAAUGGGCUUCAGAGAAACGAGUGCUUGCAGGAGGAUGUUGAUGGAUGGAUGGAUGGUACCGUGUAGUAUUAGCGGGCACUCGAGUCCCUUGAUUUAUGCUGUCAGGAAUGCUCAGCCUGGGGUCUUUUUGGUUUAAACAGCUGUGCAGUGAAUGCAUGCUGGCUGGUUAGGGUCUCUUUUCAACUUGUUCCCGUGCCCUCCCUGAGUAAAGAACAAAGUUGUGAAUGCUGGGAAUGGGUUUUCUACUUUUAUACGUGUCUACUGGCUGUAUGUAAAAUUCUACAGCACUGGCCAGCUAUAUAAUUUAACAGUCCUCUCGUAACAGUUUCUUAUUCAGGUUUAAUACCCUGAUGACAUAUUUUCGUCUAGUUAUUGAUACAAAGAGUUGCAUUUUGCUCACUCUUGAUGUGCAAAUUGAUACCUAUAAAGGCUUUGCGCAGGAAUGUAAAGAAGUGAUGAAGUUUUGCAUUGGUACAGAAAACAGCAGCAUGUUAACAAUGUUGUAUCAGUAUGGAGCCUGUUAAGUAUUGGAAGCAAUAUUUAAAAUUUUAUAGAUUCAAGCAGAUGAUCUUUCAUAAAGUUGCAUCACUAUUAUUGUUACAGUUUUCAACUCAUUAUUUCUUUGUUUACUGUGUUCCAGCAUCAUUUUGAAAAAAAUAAACAUUUUAUUCUGAAAAUGAAUUUCUAUUGACAUACAUUUAUUGAGGAAAAAUUCAGUUAUAAAUGGGACAAGACAUGUGUAAUAAUCAGUCUUACUGCAUCCACUGCCAAUGUUCACUGCCAGUACUUUGUAAUGUUUAAUGUAAAGCAGUCUUUGUAUCGAGUUAAGCAAAUCUGUAUAAAUAAUGGUGAUACCUUAUUGUACAAUCAGUAUGUGAGAGCAGUUUCAAUGGUUUUUUAGAAGUACAUGUAAAUUUACAUAAAAUGGCCAUUAAAAAUGUAAGUUGCAAAAACUGGUUUGACACAUAGUAAAAUGAACUUUUAAUUUUUUCUUUAUAAAUUAUAAAUUUGGAUGUUAUAGCUGACAUAAAUUGGCAGGAAAAAUGGAUAAUAAUCGGCAUUUGUGUAUUUGAUAGAAUCAUCUACUGGCAACUUUUGCACUGACACAAGUCUCUCACUCAUGUCACAAGUGUAAUUUUUGUAAAGAAUGAAAGCAUUUUAUAUAACUUUAGCAAGUUAAAAUGUGACAAUGUAUCCAAUAUGUGCACACUGUGUUUUCUGGCAUAUAGCAUGCAGUAGUUCUUUUUUAUUUUUUUAAGGAGAAAAAAGUUCAUUUAUUGGUCAGUUGUGAUAAAUUGUGUAAAAGAAAUCAUAAAAUGCCUUUAGAAAUGUUAAAAUAAAAAUUAUGUUUUCCCCUUCAUUGCCACAGAAAUUAUUUUUUACAGGUUGUUGUCUCAUUUUAACAGUUUAUUUGCCACAGUUCGUCUUGAUGAACAAGUACAGUAAACUCUUGAUACAAUAAAUUUGUGAUUGUCUGUGAGUUGAUCAUCCACUUUGCAGAUUAUCCGUGGUGUAUUCCUACCACUGAUUUUUGCUGAUGAAAUUUUUUUUUUAAGCCAGGAGUAGUCACAUUUGAGCAAUAAUCUCCUGUUACAGCAUGAGUGUAGUAAACACAAACAUUGCAAGUUCAGGGCAGUAUUUUGUUUCAAAGCAGUGUUAGGUAACAUGAAAUUAUUUUGUAAUGUAUUUUUUGUAAGUACUGAAUUUUCACAUGUACUAUGAUAAUUAAAGUAGAAUUUAUUAUAGACAUUAGUUAAUUUAAAUAUGACAUUGUAAUUAAUUUUUGUCUGCAGUUUUCAAGUACCCAAUUACCGCAGAUAAUCGAGAGUUUACUGUGCUUAAGUUUCCUUUGAAAGACUUUUUUAUCAUCCUGUACAAUUAUUAGUUUCACAAAAAUGAAAACUAUACUUUGUCCUUCCUAUCAUUGUUGUUAUAUUUUAAUCUCCAUUACUGUUGCCAUGCAAUUGCAAUUUUACAAGAAAAUGUGGGGCUGCAUUUAGUAGAAUAUCACAUGUUUCUUGUAUACAAAAAUUUCUAAAUUCAAUAUUAUGACUUUAAGGACUGCGAAGUAAACAACCAAACAAGUCUGAAGUCAUAGACGUUGGUGAAUGAAAAUUAGCUGACUAGUAUGCAUUAUACGAUGAAUCUCAUGUAAUCAUUGAUAUUCACUGUGAUUAAAAUAUGUUUUAU